AGCAUCUUAACAAACAUUUGUUAUUAAGGGUUAUCGUCAACUCAACUCUACUGUCACAAACACAAGAUAAUUUGUUUUCUUUUCUUUUUCUUUUUUAAACGAAAAUUUAAUAGGAAAGCUUUAUCGUGGGUUGAAAAAUAUCUAAACUGAUGAAAAUCAAUUACUUAUUAAUUACAAGAUGCCAUUAAUUACCUUCACCCAAGACUAAGUUCUUUGGAUCAUAAUAAAAAGUACCACAAUGGCAGGAGUAGGCACUCUAGAACGAAUGAAGAAAAUCAAUGAGAUUCAGUCUAACUGUUUGUUGACUUCAAACAAAUCUCCUGAAGGAACUGAAAGCUCUCUGGGAGAAAAUGAUUCGUAUGAAUCUGUAUACAAACCAACUACUGUUUCAUUCAAGUAUGAAAGUCAACCUGGAAUCAAGCGCUAUGUCCAUUCUUUGAAGCAUCUGCUACCAGUCAGAGUCAGAACUGGUCCAGGAACGUACAUGCCUGUAGAUAUGACAGGCUGUUGUGCAUUUACAUUUUUCUCUUGGUUGACACCCUUAAUAUGGCGUACUUUUCGACGUGGCCUUGUGCAAACAGAUCUCUAUCAUUGUUCACCUGCUGAUAGUUGUCAUAUUAAUGGAGCUCGAUUUUCUUCUAUAUGGUCUCGAGAAACUAAGAAGUAUGGCCUUCAGCGAACUUCACUUUCACAUACACUAUUUCUUUUCAUGAAGACACGUUAUAUCAUUUCCUGCCUGAUGUAUAUUCUUUGUGUGUUGUUUGGUUUCAUUGGGCCUACAAUUUUUAUGAGACUGCUGUUGGAAUAUAUUCAAUCACCGAAUGAAGAUGAGUUUGAAGGCAUCACAUGGAUGCUUGGUCUUUUAUUUUGUGAAACUCUACGUAUAUUCUGUUUAUCCCUUAUGUGGGCAAUCAACAUUAGGACUUCCAUUCGAGCUUCAUCGGCUGUAUCAGCUCUUUUGUACAAAAAAAUAACCUCUUUAAAGAUUUUGUCAAACACAUCAACUGGUGAGCUUGUCAACUUGUUCUCUAAUGACUGUCGGAAAGUUUUCAUGAUGGUAUAUAACUUUCCUUUAAUUAUUGGAGGACCUCUUGUUGUUAUCGGAACCGUUGUUUAUACAUACUAUUUGUUGGGACCUGUGUGUUUUGUUGGUAUAGCUGUAUUCCUAAUCACUUAUGGAAUUCAGUUUGUGAUCUCCCUUUUAUCUGCUCGAUACUUAAAGAAAGCCAUAAAAGCGACAGAUGAACGUGUUUCUUUGAUGUCUGAAUUUUUGUCCAAUGUAAAACUGAUAAAACUCUAUGCAUGGGAAAAGCAUUUAAUUGACAAUAUAAGAGGUGCAAGAGUUUCAGAAAGAAAUUUAAUUGAAAAGGUUCAGUAUCUUCACUCUGUAGGCUCAUCUGUCUCAUUUAUAACAGCAGCAGUUGCAACAAUUUUCACCAUAUUAGCAUUUACUCUUUUUGGUUUUGAUAUUGAUCCUGCAGAAGCCUUCACUUUAGUCAUGGUUAACUCAAUUGCUGCUCAUGGUUUAAAGACUUUACCUGUAUGUUUUAGAGCUGUCGUAAAUGGAACUGUUGCUCUUUCAAGAUUGCAAGCAAUAUUGAGAUUAGAAGAUAAAGAAAAUUAUACAGUUAUUCCAAAUCGUGUAGAUAUUGCUGUAAAUGUAUCCAAAGCCACGUUGGAUUGGGAGCAAGCGGUGCCAACUAGCUUAAUUAAUGGUCUUAAAUCCGGGAAGGGUGAAGUAAAUUGCUUAGAUACUGAUAAUGAGAAAACUGUUGGAGAAGAAAUAAAUUGCGACACAGCUUUAGUAAAUACCCUGCAACUGGAGUCAGGCCUACCCCCUGCUCUUACUGAUCUUAAUUUUACUCUCCAACGGGGCAAAUUAGUUGGAAUUUGUGGUCCAUUUGCUAGUGGAAAAUCUUCUAUAUUUGGAGCACUUCUAGGGCAGAUGCGCUUAUUAAAAGGGCAAAUAGCUGUUAGAGGGUCAAUUGCUUAUGUGCCUCAACAACCAUGGAUAUUAAAUGCAACUUUACGGGAAAAUGUCUUAUUUGGUGAACUCUUUAGCUCAAAAAGAUAUUAUGAAGCUGUUUAUGCAUGUGGUUUACCUGAAGAUAUUGCAGCAUUGCCUGCUGGUGAUCAAACAGAGCUUGGAGAAAGAGGAGUUAAUGUGAGUGGAGGCCAAAAGCAGAGAAUCAGCCUUGCUAGAGCUCAAUAUUCUGAUAAAGACCUGUAUUUGUUAGAUGAUCCUUUAUCAUCCGUUGACAACCAAAUUGGACGACAUAUAUUCCAACAUUGUAUUAAAGGUGCCCUGAAAGGAAAAAGCAUUUUACUUGUCACUCAUCAAAUGCAGUAUCUUCAAGAGUGUGAUAGCAUAAUAUUCAUGAGAGAUGGCACUAUAAUGGAGCAAGGUACACAUACUGAACUAAUGGCUAAAGAUUCUGAAUAUGCAUCAUUGAUUCAAAUGCUUUCAAAAGAUGAUGAAUAUAGAAUAGAUUUAUCUGAAGAAAAUAAAUCAAGUGUGACUGAUGAAGAAUCACGAUCUCCUUCACACAGUAGAAUGAAUUCUCCUACAUUAAGUUCCGUUUCAGAUUUGAAUGACAGUGAUUUGUGUUGUGAUGGGCAACUGACUGAGGAAGAGAAAAUUGCAUCAGGGAACAUAUCGUACAAUACCUACAUGGGCUAUAUUGCUGCUGCAGGUGGUUUUAUAAUAAGUUCUUUAGUUAUUAUAUGGUUCAUUAUUCAAGCAGCCUCUGUUGAAUUCAGCAAAUAUUGGCUGAGUUUGUGGCUUUCUCAAGGAAAUGGAAAUGAAACUUUCAAAUCAGUUGUUGUCGGCAUGGCUCAUCCUGUUAAUUCAUCCGUUGUUGUUGGCAUGGCACAUGCUGUUAAUUCAUCAGUUGAAGCUGCUCCUACAUUUGAGCCAAUCAACAUAACAGAUCACCCCCAUGUGGAAUUUUACCAGUUGGUUUAUGGUUUGUCUGUUUUGAUUAUGCUUGUCAUCAGUCUAAUCAAUGGAUAUCUUUUUACAAAGGCUUCUUUAAGAGCAUCUAGUAGCCUUCAUGAUAAAUUGUUACAGAAGGUUUUUAGAAGUCCAAUGCAUUUUUUUGAUGUUACACCUGUUGGAAGAAUUUUAAAUUUAUUUACUCAUGAUGUUGAUGAAAUUGACACUCACCUGCCAACAGUUAUGGUGGUUUUCUUACAAAGGAUGAUGACCAUGAUUUUUGCAUUGCUUCUUGUUGUCAUUGUUUACCAUUGGUUUGGUAUUCCUAUAAUCUUCCUUGGCAUAGUGUUUUUCAUGUUACAGAAGCUAUUUAAAUCAGCUACUAGGGACUUAAAGAGAUAUGAAAAUUUUUCACGAUCUCCUGUAUUCAGUCAUGUUGCUGCAACUGUGAAAGGUUUAUCGACUAUAAGAGCUUAUGAGAAACAAGAAGAAUUUUUUGAUAGGUUUACUCAACUUGUAGAUGAGCACUCAUCACCUCAAUAUCUUUACUAUUGUGCCCUGAGAUGGAUGGGAAUCCGAAUGGAUAUUAUGUGCCUUACAAUAACUUUGACUACUAUUUUAUUCGUUAUUUAUUUGAGGGAUCAAGUUAAUCCUGCAUUUGCUGCUCUUGCAUUAGUUCUUGUUCUGCAGCUGAGUGGUCUGUACCAAUAUAUAGUGAGACUCAUGUGCGAGGUAGAAUCGAGAUUUACGUCAGUGGAACGUAUGCAGUCUUACAUUGAGGACUUAGAAUCAGAAGCUCCUUCUGCCAUUGAUAAGACAAGACCUUCACCAGACUGGCCUAUGCGUGGUCACAUUGUUUUUAAAGAUGUUAAAAUGGGAUACAGGCCUAGUUUGCCUUUAGUUUUGAAAGGAUUAUCUUUUGAAAUUGAACAUCAAGAAAAGAUAGGAAUUGUUGGAAGAACUGGCGCUGGAAAAUCUUCCCUUGGAGCAGCCCUUUUUAGAUUAGUUGAAUUGAAUUCUGGGAAUAUAAUAAUUGAUGGCAUCAACAUUGAGAAUCUUGGAUUAGAAGAUUUAAGAUCUAGAAUGUCUGUUAUCCCACAGGAUCCCGUAUUAUUUCAAGGAUCUAUCAGAUACAACCUUGAUCCAAUGGGCGAGUAUGAAGAUGAAAUAUUAUGGAAAGUUCUUAGUGAAGUUGAUAUGAAAUUAAAGAUUUCUUCCCUUGAUGGUGGUCUUGAUUCACCUGUUGUUGAAGGAGGCAAUAAUUUUUCAGUUGGUGAAAGACAGUUGUUGUGCAUGGCACGGGCAUUAUUACGCGAAAGUAAAGUUGUAUUGUUAGACGAGGCGACUGCUGCUGUGGAUAAUGAAACUGACAAAGUUAUACAAAAUGCUAUUAAUCAAGUAUUUGCCAAUUCCACUGUUCUGACUAUUGCUCAUAGAUUAACAACUGUUGCCAAUUGUGAUAGGGUAAUGGUUUUGUCUGAAGGAAAGAUUGUUGAAUUUGAUCAGCCUACUAUUUUGCUGAGUAAUCCCAACAGUCAUUUUUCGAAACUAAUGGCUGCUGCUCGGCCUGCUGUUGGCUUUUAGACUUCCAAUAUGACUUAUUAACUGUUUUUAAUCAACAAAACCAUUUUUUUUUGUGGUUGUAUUUUUUUGUUACAUUUGUUUCUUGGUAAUAGUUUUUAUCUCCUAUUCACUUUUGAGAGAGGAGAAAGGCAGAAUUCAUUUCCAUAUGUUUGUUAGAUGUUGUUCAAUGUUUAUAUUGUAGAUGAUUUAUAUAUGUUAUUAGCCUAUUGAGCAGUUAUCACUUAAAUAUUUGUUUAGAUAUUGGUGCACAAAACUGUAAGGUAUUGAAUUUUUUUAAAAAAAAUAUCUAUUGGGGAGAAAUUUAGAGAUUACUGUUGUAUUUCCUUUAAUAUUAAAUUGUUUGUUCCUUAUAUGAGGAAAAAUGUGUAUUUCAUAAGUGUAUUACUUGUAGAAAAUGUUACGUACUGUAUGUUUCCUAAUGUUUUGCUGGUUUAACUAUCUUGUAUAAAAGAAUAAAAAAAAUAAUGUUUAAAAAUUUUAUUAUUAGCAUAUAGUAUUUAAUUAUCAAUAAAAGUUGAAUAAUUUUUUAAAUACUUUAAUUUAAAUUGCUUGUUGUUAGAUUUUUAUUUAAUAUCUAACCAAGUUGAUAUUUUGGCGUUAAAUUUUAUUUAUCUUUUCUGAACAAUAAUGGUUUAUUAUCAGAAUCACUCAAGAUAAAUGUUUACUUGGAAAUCAGUUUUUUAUGUUUCUUAUACGCCAUAAAAAGAGCUUAAUUUAUAACUAUUUUUGUACUUUAGUCAUAGAUAAUAUUCUUAUUGUAAUAUAGUGUUUUGUUUUAGAAAUUUUCAAGUAAUAAUAAAUUUCAAAAUUACGUAUGCAAUAACAAACAAAGUUAAACUUUUAUAAAAAGAACAGUAGCAAUUAAAAAUAAUUUUAAUAAUUGAAGUUAUACAUUUCUACAAUAAUAUCUUGAGAGGCAAGAUAUGCAAAGUUUCUUAAUUGCAACUUUUUGAAAUUUAUCUUAAGAACUUUUUAAAUGACUAAUUUUUUAGUGCAAAAUUUAAAUGGCCUUAUAUGAUGAAGAUAGUAGAGUUGUUGCUAUAUUUUUUAUAACUUCAACUUUAAAAUAUGAGAUAUUGAAAAUAAUUUUAUUUUGUACAACUUAAAAGUACAAGCAUAACUAAACUUGUUAGUUAAACUGUAUAAUAAAAUUAAAGAAAACUGGUUUUGGUGUUUUUACUGUUGUGCAAUAUGUUUUGUAAUAAGAUUUGUGUAAAUUUUGACAUAAUUUACUGUACAAUAUAGGCUUUUUUCAUUCAUGUCUUUAUAAAUGCAAGUGUUAUUGAUCCUUUCUAUAGUGACUGUCCGCUUUUUAAAUGUGCAUGUAAAAGUAAAAAUGUGAUUUACUUAAUAGAAAUAACUUAGUAAUGUCCAUGCCUGUACAAAACUUGAAGAGUAUGAACCUUUCUUUCUUUUUUUAAAAAAAAAACCGGUUUUUCACCUGUCAUUAGAUUGUUAAGCAGUGUCUAUGGGGAAACAUUCUUACAAAUCAUGUCAAAUUGUAAAACAGUUUGAGAAAUUAAAAUGGAAUGAGCUUUGUAAAAUUUUUGUUAAUAUAUUUACAUUUAAUGCAAUGUUAAAUAUGAAUUUCAUACUUCUAUUUUCUUAAUUUGUAAUAUUAACUCAUGUUCAUAAUUUCUCUUUAUAAAUAUAACUCAGUAAAAUUAAUAAUUUUUCAUUAAACCUAUUUUUCAAUUAAAUUUUUCUUCGUUUGAAAAUUUAUAUAACAUUUAAAAACUGAAAUGCUGUAUUGAACAUCAUAUAUAGAUAUUUUUAUAUAAUUUUAUCUCUUUCACUUAAAUUUUUUUCUGAGUUUUUAGCCUUGCUUCUGUAUACUUCCCUCAUAGUAUAUACUUUUGCUGAAUUUACAAAAUUAAAUGCAAAUUUCAAAGUAAAUUAAUACUUGCUAAUUUAAAAAGGCUGACAUAUUUAUUUAUUUAAGAUAGUUUUAAAAUUAUCUAAAAUACUAAUUUAAUUUAAAUUGGCUCUAAAGAACUAAAAAUUACUUUUUUAAUUACUUUAAACUGAUUCUGAUCAUUCCUAUUUAGUGUUAUUUUCACAUUUCCAAAGUUUAAAAUUUUAGUUUUUGAUUUUAUAACUUUGUGUAUAAAACUUUUUUUUUCCUAUUACAAUUCAUUUCAUUGUUAGUAUAAAAUGUUUAUCAGGAUUAUAAUUUUAUAUAAAACCUUCUUUUCUUAAAGUUAUGUUGUUAAUUAUUAACUAAAAAAAUUUUGUGUGAAGACAAUUAGAUUUUUUGAUAAAUUUUAUCUUAUUGUAUGUCUGAUGUAGUUUAUCAGAAUUCUAACUCAGCAUGUUAUUUAAAAUUAUAAUAAAGUAUUCUUUUUUAAUUAUAUUACUAUUUUUUUGCUUAUUGAUAUGUCUCUUUAGUUUUGUGUUCACAACUUUCCUCUUUCAAAAUAAUAAGAUUUAAUAGUUAAUUUUCUUUUCUUUAUUUUUUUAUUUUAUUAUUAAAUAUUUAUAUUUUCUAUAGAAAAAAACUUCAUUGUCAGUUAGGAAUGGUUAUUCUAUCGUCUGAAAAUUUAAAUUUUUAUUUUUUUAGUUAUAAAUUUUAAUCUGUGUUGUGUUCUAUAGAUGUUGUUUUUCUUUUCCUUUUUUUUUGUUCAAGGUCCACAACAGGUCCAAAAGUGGCCCACAAAGCUAUUGAAUUGUUCUUACUGUACUGUUUUAAAAAUUAUUAUUUAUAAGAAAGAAAAAGUUAUUUUUUCAGUCUUGCUUUUUAACAGAAAAUUAAUGAUCUAGUUUAACUUUUUGUUAUCAUUCUAUUUUAUAUUUUUUAUGAUCCUGGGAUUCAGCAUUUGCUGUAAAUUGUAAUUUUUUUGAAAUCUAUACAAAUAAAUCAGAAAGAAAAAAGUUGAUCAAUUAAAAAAAAAUUAAUACAAAUUGGUGAUAAUUGUUACUUCAUUUAUCACACUUAUCUGAUACUGGAUUAGUAACUUUGACUAUUAUUAUUUUAAUUAAGAAAAAAAUAUUUUUUACUAUGCAAUUUAUUUUUUUUUGACAUUUUUUUUCUCUUGUAUACUAAUUGGGUUGUAGUAUUUUGCUUUGUAAUGAUAUUUAUCUUGAUUUAUUUUUAUUAAAUAUUUUUAGUUAUUUUAUUUUUAAUCUAUAAUAUUUUCACUUGAAUAAAAAAUAUAUAAUAAAUUGUAAUUUCUUUCAAAUCAAUACAAAUAAAUUUAAAAAGAAAAAGUUGAUAAAUUAAAAAAUUACUGCAAAUAAAUUGGUCAAAUUGAUAAUUUUUGCUUAAAAAAAUUAUAGCUUAGACAAUCACAUAUAUCUGAUUCUGUAGUAGUAACUUUAACUAUUCUUAUUUUAUUUAAGAAAGAAAAUUUUUUUUACGAAACUAUUUUUACUGUAAAUAUAUUUUUUUAAAUUUUCUAUUCUUCUCCUUUGUAUGUCUUAAUUAGUUUUAGUAGUUUGCUUUGUUAUUUUGUAAAGAUAUUUGAUUUAUUUACUUUAGUAUUUUUAAUUAUUUUGUUUUUAAUUUAUAUUAUUUGCACUUGAAUAAAAAAAAAUACACCCAUAAGAAAUUCAUAUAUAUUUUUGUUUUUCAAAUAAAAUUUUAAUGCACCCUGCAUUUUUAUGAUUGCACGUUAAUGAUGGUUCAUAAAAUAGUAUAUUUUAAUUUUUGUUGUGUAUCACUGAAAUGAAUUUUUUGUGUGAUUGAUUUAUUGUUUUAUUUCAUAAUGCAAUAGUUUGCAUUAAAAGUUUCAAACUAAAGACUUGGGCAUAAAGUUUAGUUUUCUUUGAUUACUUUACAUUGUGUAAGCUUUGUUUUUUUUGCUGAAUGUCCAUAACUAUUUACUUAAAUGUGUCGUUUUUGAAAACAUGCUUUUAAGAUGUUUCCUAUUUUGUAAGAAUCUGUGAUUUUUCUUGCAUGACUGUUGUGUGUUUCAUAAAAUUUUUAAUGCUAUAUUUUUUAAAGAAAUAAAGUGUUUCAUAAUUUGAUUGCAA